UCUCCAUCAUGGUGUGCCAACAGACUGCUCUGACAUAGCCCUUUCUCAGCUAUUCCCUGUCUCACAGGUGCAUCUGCAGCCCCAAGCCAUGUCCUGCUACACGCCGUGCCGGCCCUGCCAGCCCUGUGGCCCCACCCCGCUGGCCAACAGCUGCAAUGAGCCCUGUGUCAGGCAGUGCCAGGACUCCACUGUUGUCAUUGAGCCGCCUGCUGUGCUGGUGACCCUGCCCGGGCCCAUCCUCAGCUCCUUCCCACAGAACACCGCCGUGGGAUCCUCCAGCUCUGCUGCUGUUGGCAGCAUCCUCAGCUCUCAGGGAGUGCCCAUCAACUCUGGGGGCUUUGGCCUGUCUGGCUUGGGCAGUGGCCUCUGUGGCACGAGGUGCCUCCCCUGCUGAAGCUGCUGGCGCUGGCCCUGGGGCAGGAACCCAGGCACUCCCAGGAUGGAGCCGCCCUGGGCACGCAGCAUCGGCUUGUGGCUUCCGGAGGGGCUGAGCAACCCCAGCAGCCCCUGCAGAGGGACAGGGCCAGCCUGGGCUCUUGGCAAGCACAGCCCAUCCCUGCCUCUGUCCCCUGCCACUCUCUGCUUUCCCUC